UUGGUUUGAAAUUUAAAAAGACACCCCUGGACUGUUCCAUUUGACUGUUUGGAAGACUUGUAUCAGGGGAGGACUGACAACUCAUGGGGCCCCCGGGCAAUAGGGGAUCAUGGGACCCCUGUGUCCUUGCCCACAUUCAAAGCACACCAAAAAAGCCUGUAAAAGGUACCAGGGACAUUUCAUGGGGCCCCCUACUGACCCCGGGCCCUCGGGCAGUGCCCGAGUUCUCAAAU